GAAGCUGCCACAGAGUUUUCUUGGCAAGAUUUGUUCAGAGGCAAUAUAUAUUUGAGGCUGAGAGAGUGCAAUACUUGCCCAAAGUUACCCAUUGAGUUUCCAUGCCUAAAAGUGAGGAUCUCCUUGAGUCUUAGUCCAAGCAAGUACUAGAACUGUCCGGCUUUUAAUAGUACAUUACAAUGCUGUGAUUCCACUACCGUGGUUAGUACUUGGAUGGGAGAUUGUCAACAAAUACUGGAGGCUCUGUUUCAGAGGAAGGGACUGGUAAAACCACCUCGGAGUCUUCUUUGCCUAAGAAAACCCCUAUGAAACUCAUGGGGAUGCCAUAAUAGUAUGGCAGCAUCCGUACUUGAAUGUCUUUAAACACUUUAAAGUGGAGGAGUGGAAAAGGUCGACUAAGGAAGGCGAUGUCACCACAACUAUGGACAAGACCCUGAAAGGGACGGUGUAUCGCAUCAGUGGUUCAGUUCCUGCCAGUAACUACCUUCAGCUCCCCAAAACCAGUACGCAGUCAUUGGGCCUUACUGGUCACUACCUCUAUAUCCUCUUCAAGCCUGCACCAGCCAAAUACUUUGUUGUGCACCUGGAUGUUGUCACAGAAAACAGCCAGGUGGUCCGCAUCUCCUUCUCCAACCUUUUUAAGGAAUUCAAAUCAACAGCCACUUGGUUGCAGUUCCCAUUUAUUUGUGGGGCAGCCAAAGGGUCAGUCCACGAAAGCACAGCCAAGGCUUCCAAACGAGAUCUGGUAAGCCUGGCCCCCAGCACUGUGCGAUGGACUUGCCUGAUGCUUGAUCUCCGCUACAUUCUCUCUUUGUACUUGAACAGAAGCUACAGCCAUCUUAAGAGUGUUAAGCUUUGUGCCAACCUCCUGGUGAAAAACCUAUUCACUAGUGACUUGCUCUUUGACCCAGGUGUGACCUUCUCUGAGGCUCAACAGUCCAAACUGGCAUUGCGUGGCAUCUCCCCUAUGCCCAGAGAAAUGGCCUUUCCUGUGCCAAAAGGUGAAAACUGGCAUGACCUCUAUGAUUAUGUUCGGUUUCCUUCUGGUGGAUCCAAGAUGCCAUUUGAUUCUAUUCAGAAAGGUGCUUUAAAUCCUGCUGCAGUUGCUCAUGUCGAAGAUGAUCCAGUCAGCCAGCUUCCUAAGCAAGUAACUCUUAGCAAACCUGUUCGGGACAGGGUAUCUCUCAUCCAACAGAUUACCAGUCCCAAGGAGAUGACCCGCCAGUCUCCCCUUCUCACAAAGAAUGUCCCCAAGAUUGACCGGACAGCCUCUGAGCCUCUUCAGACAGACCAUGCCUACUGGAGAGAAGGCCUGCAGACCAGCAGUGAUUCCUGUCUCCCAUCAUCUCCAGCAGAUGAUGGAAGCAUUCAUGUUUAUGCUCAUAAAGAUGUUACCAUCCAUGCAGUCAGUGUUGAUUCUGAUGAGCAUUUGUACAGACAGACAAAAGGGCCAAAGGUGAUCUCUGCCAAGAAUUCUGUUUGCUGUCUGAGGCUUUUACCAGAUCCGAUUCUGAUGCUGAAGAGGAUUAUUGGAUUUGGAGGCUGUAGCACCAGAUGGGCUUUAUGGGCUGCCGGUGGUUCUGUGGUGGUCUACCCCUGUCAUGCGCUGAUUGUAGCAAUAGCGCUAGACUCUGGCAGACAGAGGUUCUUUUCUGGACACACCGAUAAGGUGGCUGCCCUGGCAUUCAAUGGCAAUAGCACUCUUCUGGCAUCUGCACAGAUAGGGCAACCAAGUGUGAUGCGUCUUUGGGACUUUCCGAGCGGGAAGUGCCUCUGCAUGUUUAAAGCCGGCAUGCAUUCAGUCUCUUGCCUCAGCUUUUCCUACAGUGGGAGUGUUCUGUGUGGCACUGGGAAAGACAAACAUGGGAAAACUGUGGUGGUUGUGUGGAAUACUGUUCAGGUGAAUCAUGGAGGAGAAGCAGUGGUGCUGGCCAAGGCGCACACAGAUGUGGACAUCCAAACCAUGAAGAUUGCCUUUUUUGAUGAUACCAGGAUGGUGUCAUGUGGCAGAGACAAUGUGAGGCUGUGGCGUGUCAGGAGUGGAUCACUGCGCUCCUGCCCAGUAAACUUGGGUGAACAUCGAUCUCUGGAAUUCACAGACCUGGACUUUGAGGCAGGCCAUAACUCCCAACGUGAGCCAGAAGAUCGGACUCUGUUUGUCUGCAGCAGGAGUGGGCAUGUCUUGGAAAUCGACUAUAAGACUGUCGCUGUCCGAAAUGCCCGGCGUCUCUUGCCAUCUGAGGUGCAGCACUCUCACCGGCGGGAGAAGCAAACAUUUAACUCGGGUCCUGGGAUUGCACUAAACAGCAUAUGCCUCUCUACAAGUUUCUGUGCCACAGCCUCUGAAGAUGGCUACCUGCGGCUGUGGCCACUGGACUUCUCUGAAGUCUUCUUGGAAGCAGAGCAUGACUACCCAGUGUCUUCCGUUCGAAUCAGCCCAGAUAAUAUGAAGGUGUUGUGCACAACCGCCACUGGGAAUGUGGGCUGCUUGGAUAUCCAGUCUAAGGACUACUGCACCAUUAUGCGCUCCCACAUGGAUUCUGUCUUGGCGUUCUCUGUGGAGGGAUCCCAGCUAUUGACUGUGUCUCAAGAUAACACCAUUCGCAUCUGGAAUCUUGAAUCUAUGCAGCAGCUGUAUGAAUUCACCGCCUCUGAUGAGACACCCUGUGCUGUGGCUUUUCAUCCCUCGCAACACAUCUUUGUUUGCGGUUUUGAUACUGGCGUGGUGAGAAUCAUCAGCCUGGCUGCCUCAAAAUUACUUGAAGAACACAAACAGCAUCGUGGUUCAAUCACCGGUCUGACCUUCUCUCCAGAUGGCAAUUUCAUGUACAGUUCCUGCAGUCGUGGAACCUUGGCUCUUUAUAACUGUGCUAUCCAGAAAAGUCACAUUGUUAGAGUUCUGACUAAUGUGGUGUCUCAAGAGGCUGACUAUGGUCCUGAUGCAUUGUCUGUCAGUUGCGAUGGACGUCUCUUGGCCUUUGUGGGACCUUCCCAAUACAUUGUGACUCUCAUGGAUGCCCAUACCCUAGAUGAGCUACUGAGAAUAGAUGUCAGCAUAUUGGAUUUGGACAGCACUGUCUUGGAUGUGGCUGUGAGACUCUGCUUUGCUCCUUUUCCUCUUGGCCAUCUUUUGGUGACGACAUCCUCCCAAAAGGUUCUUGUGCUCGAUGCCAAGACUGGCCGCUUGAUCAGAGUGGUCUCCCAAGUACACAAACAGUCUUGUUCUUCGUUGGCAUUGAGCCCAGAUGCCCGGUAUCUCCUAACAGCUGGCGAUAGAGUUAUCAAGGUGUGGGAUUAUGGGAUGAGAUUUGACAUCAACUCUCAGGUUUUUAUUGGCCAUUCUGAACCAAUACGUCAGGUGAGGUUCACUCCUGACCAAACGCAAGUCAUCAGUGUUGGAGAUGCCAUCUUUCUGUGGGAUUUCCUAGGUGUGUUUGUAGAGGAGUCCUCCAAGGAUGAAAUCCUUUCCUCCGAGUCCUUGAAUUCUCCCACAAUUGAACCUGAUCUGGAAAACGUGCAAGAUUUGACAUCCAAAGCCAAUGACACCCCGCGCCAGCUGGUCCCUCUGCCUACUGUUGUGUCUCCACCGUGCCUGGAACUCAGUUCUCUCCAACGAAUGGCAGAAGAUGAGGAUCCGUUUUCUGAAUCCGAAGAAGAGAAAGGAACAAACCAAAAAGGCAGUGGUGGAGAUGUUGUUAAUAGAGAUGAAAUCCACUCAGACCUAGGCUUGAAGGAAACAGUUUGUAGCAAAGAGCCACUGGCUCUGAAGCCAGAAGUUGUUCAGCCUUGCUUACGACCAAAUAAACAGGCAGCAAACGAAUGCAGAAAGGAAGGCAAAGGAUCUGAGGCUCAAAGCAAUAUCCGCCCAGACUGCUACCGGCAUUUUUCUCCUCGCUUCAAAACAUCUUCACCCCCUAAGACAUUCUCCUCUCCUCUAACUGGUAGUGAAGAUCUGAAACUAAAAACUGUCAUUGGAUACAAUGGAAAUGGCCGGGGAAAUAUGGUCUGGAAUCCAGAUACAGGUUUCUUUGCCUACAGCUGUGGCUGUGCACUCAUUGUGGAAGACCUGCACUCUGGCUCCCAACAGCAUUGGCUUGGUCACCCUGAAGAGAUAUCGACAUUAGCAGUUAGCCAUGAUGCCCAGGUCCUUGCUUCCGCCUCUGGUCAACGCUGUGGACACUCACGCUGUCAGAUUCGCAUCUGGAAUGUACUGGACAAGGCCUGUCAAAGAGUUCUGUUCCAUCAUGAGACUCAAGUGCAAGCCAUGGCAUACUCUCGAGAUGACCGUCUCCUUGCCACGCUUGGGGACUACGUCGAUAGGGUCUUUGCCCUGUGGAAUGCCCACACUUAUGACCUGAUGUCAUCCACCCGCUUCUCUGAGCCGGUCCAUGAAGUGGCCUUUAGCCCGCAGUCUGUGGGACACCUGGCCUGCGUAGGAAAAGGAAUGGUGACUUUCUGGCUAACGGAGCAACAGGGAACUGACAUCAGCCUAAAGGUUCACAAAAUUCCUGUCCCCGAUGCAGUUGGCCCAGUGGAGCUUACAUCCCUGUGCUAUAGCGCUGGCUCUCUUCUGUACACGGGGACAAGUACGGGACAGAUCUGUGCCUGGGACACAGAGACCAAUCGUUGCUUCAUGACUUGGGAGGCUGUCGAGGGGGAGAUUGGUAUACUCCGGUGUCAUAAUAACAGGCUAGUGAGUGGCAGCAACACCAAGAAAAUCCAACUUUGGUCAGUGGCAGCAGUUCAGGAGCUGAGAGUAAAAGGUUCCAGUGCCAGCUCAAGCUCUGUUCUCUUGGAGCAAGAAAUGGUCCUGGAUGGAACUAUAGUUAGUGCCACAUUUGACAACUGCAUGGAUAUGGGAAUUGUUGGCACUACUGCGGGCACAUUGUGGUACAUCAACUGGGCAGAAAAUACCAGCAUCCGACUGAUCAGUGGGCACAAGAACAAGGUGAAUGAGGUGACUUUCAGCCCCUCGGAGUCUCACUUUGCCACAUGUGGGGAGGAUGGCAGCGUGAGGGUUUGGUCCCUGGCCAGCAUGGAGUUGGUGGUACAGUUUCAAGUGCUCAAUCAGAGUUGCCUGUGCCUGGCCUGGAGUCCAAUGCCCAUCUCUGUCAGUGGGGCAGAAAGCGAGCAUAUCGUGGCAGGGUAUAGUGAUGGCACCAUUCGUGUGUUCAGCAUUUCCCGAACAGAGAUGGAAUUGAAAAUGCAUCCCCACUCAGUUGCUGUAACAGCGCUUGGAUACUCUGCAGAUGGGGAAAUUAUCUUGUCUGGAGGCAAAGACGGGCUGAUGGCUGUUAGUAGCCCACGGACGGGCAUGACUAUUCGUGUCCUGACUGACCACCGAUCCGCACCCAUCCAAGUUAUCCAGUGCACAAGGAAACAGCACACUGAACUUGGGGUUGAAGGCGGUGAUCUCUGGUUAGCUGCAAGCGCUGAUCGACGGGUCAGUGUUUGGGUCUCAGACUGGAUGAAGGACAGAUGUGAGCUCAUUGACUGGCUGAGCUUCCCAGCUCCCACAGGUCCAGAGGUCCCCAGCCCAUUGCCUCCUAGCCUGGCAGCAUUUUGCCCUUGGGACAAAAGCACUGUUGCCUACGUUGGCUUUGGUUUGCAGAAGGAGAUCCUCUUCUAUAGCUUGCAGCAGAAACAGGUCAUUGAGAAGAUUCCUUUGCCUUACUUUGCCACGUCGCUGAGCUUGUCUCCUGCUGCCUGUGCCAUAGCUGUUGGCUUCAAUGAGCGUAUGCUGAGAUUGAUAGACCUCAAGGCAAAGAGAGAGCAAGACUACAAGGGGCACGAUGAUGCCGUUUGCCUCUGCCGGUUUACCCCGUCUGGGAAAUGCCUCUUCUCCAUGUCUUACAAUGAGAUCCUGGUGUGGGAAGUCCAGAGCAGAUGAACGGAAAGGGCAAACUGUAACGUGGCUGUUCGACAGAAUGAUGCAACACAAAGGUUACCUAACACUACUGAUACCUUGGCAUCCCAUGCCCUUGCUGUUUCCCAGGAUCAACUUGGGUUGCAGAGGCACCCAUCUUAGAACAGUUAGCAAAACCCCAGCAAAACUGUUUAAUUUAUUUGGAUACCAGUUGAAGAGGGAGUGAUCUUUGCCAUGAUAGUCAGAAACAGCUGAGGUUCAGAGCAGACUCUUCUCCUCUUUUAGGCUUCCCAAGUCAUUUAGUUGACACACACUUUCUUGUCCUGUGGGCGAUGAAAGUCUCCAUCAUUCCCUGUGCGCUUCCCGACUCCCCGGAUUGUCUCAUAUUUCAUUUCAACACCAUCACUGGCUUGAUGGACGUUCCUUGAAUCUGAGAUUGAGAAACUCUUUGGAGCAGAAGGCAUUAUUACCUGACUUCAUGGGCAAGGAGUAGCUCAUAUUCUUGAUCCCUGUUGCAGCUGCUGGAACACAGAUAGUGCAUAUAGGAUUCCUUUGCCACACUUGAGGUGGGCAGGGAAUGUUGUCAGCCUCUUUUUCUAAAUGGGCAGCAGACCAAUUGGUAACUAUGCCCCUUUGGCAUACCUCUGUCCUGUCUGCAUUGUAAGAUGAGCGGUUGCCAUGCUGUUGAUAUUGCCUAUGGAAAUAUCCCAGUCCCACUGGAGAAGGGCACAGUUCAGACUGGUAAGGUAUAUCCUCUCCUGAAAUAUCGUUUCCAAACUGAAGACAAGAACAAGCUGUUACUCUUGUUCUCUUUUUAUUGUGUAUUUGUUGAGUUUUAUUCUUCCCUCAUCAUUAAAAAUGUACAUAUGUGCAUAGGAUUAAUAUAUAUAUUUUUAAAAGACCGAGUUCUCCAUUUUGAUCGUACACUUGUGUCCAAGCUAAUUUUUUUUAGUCUUUCCCAAAUGGAAUAAUAUUUUAAGGAAUAUUUCAAGAUUCCUGUGUUUUAUAUUCAGAAUUUGCAGGUGUUUAUUUUUACAAUGCACAAGUGACCCUGCACUAGCUUCCUUUUGCGACAGAGCUAAUGAAAGGAAAGCUAGUCAUAAAGAAGAAGUAAAUCCACAAAUAUUCCUAUUGGGUUAAGUUUGGCCUAUAAGAACAUCAAUGCAUUUAUCCUGCUAAGUUCUUGUUUGUAAUUUGUAAAAUAGAAGGAACAGAAAUUUGUGUUUCUAAUUUGAUUCUAAAUAAACAAAUGUUU